CAAUGCGGAUGGAUCGCUAGCGUCGCUUUUCAGGGAGUGAUACUUCAUUAUCGUUUGUAGAUCUGAUAACACGUUACCGGCGGCACCACUCCACUAUGUGAACGUCAACCUACAUAUGAGUACGUUAGCUAGCUAGCUAAACUAGCUUUAAAAAGCCAUAUAAGCUUGCCAGAAAGCUAUCCAUACACUUGUUUAUGUUAUUAGUUUAAUUUAGGUAUUGCUAACGUUAUCAAGUUUACAUUAUGGACGUUUUACGUCCAGCUCUUAUCACUAUAAAUGGAAGAGUAUACCGAAAAAAUAUAAUUAAGGAAGAACAUUAUGAGGAAGAAGAGGAUUUCUCCUACAUGGGACCACCAGAGAAUGAUCUUGCAGAAGAUGAAACCUGUGACUCCCACAUGAUUGAACAGACUGAUAAAGGAUACUGUUGUGCCAUUGAUGUCCCAAGUGUUCUUUACAAAUACAUCAUUGGGAAAAAGGGAGAGACACGCAGACGUCUAGAGUCUGACACAAAGACGUCUAUCAGCAUCCCAAAGCAAGGAGUGGAAGGACAGAUUGUUAUCACAGGUUCCCACAAAGCUGCAGUCUUGUCUGCAGCUACACGAGUUGAGGUCCUUGUUGACAGUUUCCGGAAAAAACAGCCUUUCACGCACUUUCUUUCAUUCCCUCUGAAUGAUCCCAAAAUUCAAGAAGGAUUCAUGAGAUUUAAAGAUGAGGUGUUGCAGCAGUGUUCACAGGAUCAUGGAGUAGAGGGAAGCAUCUUUCAGAACCCUGCAAAGCUUCAUCUGACAAUCGGCACCAUGGCUCUGUUAAAUGAAAUGGAAGUGAGAAAAGCAUGUGAACACCUCCAAGAGUGUCAAAACUUCAUCAGGGACAUCACAGAAGGAAAUCCUCUGCAGUUGGUGGCCACAGGUGUAGAGUACAUGAAUGAUGACCCAGCUAUGGUGGAUGUCUUGUAUGCCAAAGUCAACAUGAAAGACGGAUCUGACAAGUUGCAGGUGAUUGCAGACCGACUGGUAGAGCACUUUGUCUCUACAGGGCUGAUGGUCAGAGAGUGGGACAGAGUGAAGUUGCAUGGCACUGUGAUGAACACUCUGUUCAGAAAGGACGCCACAGUUGACAACGCGGGCGGCCCAGGAAAACAAACCAUGAGUGAAAGAGAGGCUUUUGAUGCCAGAAACAUAUUAAAGAAAUUUGUUGCUUAUCGUUUUGGAGAGUUUGAGCUGAACACAGUCCUGCUGUCCCAGAGAUAUUCAACAGAUUGUACGGGCUACUACACCUCUGCAGGGAGCAUCAGCUUCUCAUGAGCUACAACAGAGCUUAGCAUAUUCUGAGGUCAUUGAUGAACAUGGCAGCAGAACAGGAAGUGUUCACUGAUGCUGGCUGAUGAAGGAGCUCUCAGCCGACACUAAAGCACUUUGGGAAACAAAUUUCCGUCAGAUGGUGAACAUGAAUGGACCCACAACAAAGUAUCCUUGCAUCUUUGCUGAAUCUUUUGUUGAAAGGAGGUGGAAAAUUACCAUUUGUUUGGACUGUGUUUUCCUUCUGAUGGCAGCAGGUGCUACAUUUUAACAUUCUGUAUAAAUUUGGCAGGAAUAAAUAAAUGUUUAAAAGCAUCCAUCCUUGGCCCGUUGCAAUUAAUUGUUGUGUACCGGGAUUUCCUGAAGCGAUACUUGCGGAGCUGUUACAUCAUGUGAGCAUAUGUAAAGCCUCGAUAAGCAGUGAAGCUUGUGUUGGGCCUUACAAGCUGUUUAUAAGACAGAAAAGGGAUGUGAUGUGUUUACAUUUGUCGACAGCAAAUAUUUAUAGAUAAGCACGCCUUCAAAUUUUGCUGCAGUGUUGUCUGAUGUUAUUCAAAUGAAGCUUCCUCCCCUGAACUCCUUUUGUGUAAACUGAUUAUGCUUGGUGAACAGGAUAGAUAAAGUUUAUCAACAUCUGCCUAGAGAGGAACUGGAGGAACUGAUGGCAUCAGUUAAUCCCUUUACAAUUAAAGGCACUCUUCCACCGCUUAACUCCGAUAUGUAGAAGAAAAUGUUAAACAAGUUCUGUGGAGCUGCUUCUGUGUGUAAAAUAUAAGAGCUGCACAUCGCUUUUUUUGUCUUGGAUGUGUGUAAGAGUACAAGUUUUGUUCAAAUCAAAAGUUUUGAGAAAAUCAAAAUAUCUAAUGUAAUUGAGAAUUUAUAGGGGGACAUCAGUUGGUUUGCUGGUGCUGUUAUGAGCAUGAGGGACAUUGAAUUCCGAGAAUUCAGUCUGAUCAGUGAAGCACAAACUUGCUGGAAAAUCAUUUUCGCCUGUUCCAUAUGUACGGUUUGCUGUGAUUAUGGGUCCGUAGGGGCUCCUGGUCACUGUGCUGCUACUUCAGAUGCUGAUGGAGUAGAAGAGGCGAGCUCAUAAGAGCCCUCUGCAGUGAGGGGGGGUACAUCUUUUGAGUCUUCUCAUCCCUAAAACUUACCAUCUGAAGUGAUGAAUAACUCAAAGCCUAUCACCAACAUGUUUUCCAUCUGCUGUUGCUGUUCUGGCACAUGUAGGAUUCCCUCAGGAGACUUCCUCUGCCACGGUCCAGGGAGAGGCUUUCUAAUAACAUCUCGACUCUAAAACAAUUCCUAAAAGCUAAUGAUGUAAAGCAGACAGAGAGCACAGUCUUUAAAUGCUUCUGAGUGAGCCAUUUCUGCUGUGUGACCAUUAAACUGCAGCACAUUCAUCCCGAUCAUGACAUGACUGAUGACGACCUCUUGAUUAACACAUCAUGUCCAGCUUCUUGUACAGCUGAUGUGCACAGCUGGCUGACGCUGCGGGACAUUUCUCCUGCUGCCCUUGCUGCCCAGAUCUGGAGCUCUGCACACUCAGGAAAGCCUGCAUCUGCCACAUCAACUAUUUUGAUGCCAGUGUCAGAGUUAGUUUGGCCAGCUAAGCAACAUCACGGGAAUGUGAUCCUGCCCCUGGCUACUCAGCCUGAACCAAUAUUGGUAACCUUAAACUCAAAUGAAUCUGCACAGAGCGCUGGAUUAUGUUUAUCUUCAUAGGGAUGAAAUAGAGAGUGGAGGAAGCGAGAGGGAGAGGGCAUUGAAAGUUUAGGGAGCAGCAGGAAUGACGUGGGUAGACUUGAAAUGAUGUGCAGGUACAGCACAACUCUAGGUCACAGAUCGUAGAGGAAAAGCACAUCACGUUUUACCUGUUCAGUCAACAACAUUUUGUGUAGACAAGCAUUGUUCAAACCAAUGAAAGAAAGUUUUAAAUUUCAUUCAAGACCUCAAGGUUUCGGCAUCAAAUAGGCUUAAUGUCACGCUGAUUUACAAGGCAAUGUGUGGCUUCACAAGACAUCUAGAGUUUUCCAUUUGAUGUUGUGCUGAAGUUAUACAGUAAUAAAAAACUGGGUCUUACUUUUUAGGAGAAGUGAAGUAUGAAAUGGUUACUUUGGUUAGAAUUGAUCACCUACUUAAUCUAUACUUUAGCAGCCAAUAUAGACAAUACAAAAAUAACAAAAUGCUACAGAUGCAACAUUAGCCACUGAGGCUGGCGUCUGAAUGAAUGGUCAGGAUUCUCUCCUGGCCCAUGCCCCAUCCCUCCACCGAGUUUGGUGCAAGUCAGAUCAGCACUGUUUACAUGAUCCUGCUGAAAAAAGAAACAAACCAACAAACAGACAAGGAUGAAAAUAUAAUCUCCUUGGCGGACAUAAUAAUCAUUAGCUGCAGCUUUACUGCUGUUGCUUAUGGGAAAUGGUCACUUAUAGACAUGCUUUUAUUUUUUAUGUAAAAAUCAUGGCUGUCUUUGUACUUGGAUUAACUGUCUUUUAAAUACACAGA